AUGGAGGAUUUGGAUGCUUUGCUGGCAGAACUGGAGCAGAGCUCCCUCCAGGCCUCCAAGGACCCUGCGUGCCAGGGACCGAGCUCCUGCCAGGAUCCACCUGCCCCCCAUGGCUCUGAGCCUGUGCAGCUGCUGCCUCGGGCUCAGUCUCUGGGAGAGGAUUUGGAGAGAGUGUACAGCAGCCCCAACUCGGUCCCACAGCCCCCACCCACGGCGGCUGCCCAGCAGCUGGACGAGCUCCUGGCUGACCUGGGCCACAUGCAGAGCAAGCUGUUGGGGCAGGGAGCUGGGGUGCCCACCGAGCCCUCCCUGGACAACAUGCUGGGCAGCCUCACCCGGGACCUGCAGGAGCUGGGCAUCACGGCCACCCCCGCGGGGGUCUGUGCCGGCUGCCGCAAGCCCAUCGCUGGCAAGGUGCUCACAGCCCUGGGCAAAACCUGGCACCCCGAGCACUUCACCUGUGCCCGCUGCGGGCAGGGGCUGGACAGCCAGCCCUUCUUCGAGCAGGGCGGGCGGGCAUUCUGCGAGGAGGACUAUCACCAGGCCUUCUCCCCCCGCUGCGCCUACUGCGCCGGCUCCAUCCGUGAGAAAGUCCUCACGGCCUUGGACCAGACGUGGCAUCCUGAGCAUUUCUUCUGUGCCCACUGUGGGAAGGUCUUCGGGGACGAGGGGUUCCUGGAGCGGAAUGGGAAGCCUUACUGCCACCAGGACUUCCUGGCCAUGUUCACCCCCAAAUGCCAGGGCUGUGAGCGCCCAGUCACGGACAAUUACCUGUCGGCACUGCAGGGUGUGUGGCACCCUGAGUGCUUCGUGUGCACGGAAUGCCUGAGCAGCUUCGCCGGCGGCUCCUUCUUUGAGCUGGAGGGCCGGCCCUACUGUGAGCUGCACUUCCACCAGCGGCAGGGCACCAUCUGUCACGGCUGCAGCCGCCCUGUCACCGGCCGCUGCAUCACAGCUGCGGGGCGCAAGUACCAUCCCGAGCACUUCGUCUGCACCUACUGCCUGGGCCGGCUGCAGAAGGGCACCUUCCGCGAGUGUGGAGACAAGAUGUACUGCCAGGCCUGCCACGACAAGCUCUUCCUCUGACCCCCCCAGCCUGGGUG